UUUUACCAUCUGCAUCAAAACUCAUAGAAAAGUCUGGAUUAUCAACAUUUAUUCUUGGAAACCAAAUAUAUUUCAGAAAGUUUUGCAAAAAACUGAUUGAAGAACGAAAGGAAAGUGAAAUAAAUGAUGACAUACCAAAAAACGUUUUAAAUCUUAUGAUAAAGGCUCAGUUGAAAGAGCGGGAGAACAGGAACCCAGAAGAAAAGAAGGAACAUCAUCUGGAAAAUGUAACUGACAGCAGAACUGGCAGGGGAAUUACUGACGACGAAAUCUUGGCCCAGUGUGUGAUAUUUUUCUUGGCUGGUUAUGAAACCACUACUUCUAGUCUCACUUUCUUCACACAUUUAAUGGCAAUCAACCCUGAACCACAACAAAAAAUAUAUGAAGAGAUAAUAGAUGUUCUGGGAGAGGAUCUUCCUGAUUACGACAAUGUUACAAAAUUAACUUACCUUGACAUGUGCAUGGAUGAGUCAUUAAGGAUGUACCCACUUGGAACUGGGUUGGAUCGUCAGUGCAAUAAAGCAUGCACAAUAAAAGGUGUAGGAAUUCCUGAAAAAUUGACCCUAAGAAUUGCUGUGGAUGCUCUUCAUUACAAUCCAAAAUACUGGCCAGAACCAGAAAAAUUUAUUCCAGAAAGAUUUGGGAGAAGAAGAUAUUCACUUUUCAAAGAACUCGGUAUUCCUGGUCCCGAACCUGUUUGCUACUUAGGAAACAUGAUAGAAUUAAAGAAACGAGGAUUUUGUGAUGCACCCAAAUACUGGAGAGAAGUUUAUGGAGACACAUAUGGUGUAUUUUUAGGAGCAAACCCAAAUUUAGUCGUAUCUGAUCCAGAAAUAAUCCAAGAAGUUUUAGUCAAAAGAUUUUCAAACUUUACCAACCGAACUCCUUUCGUUGGAGAUAAAAUUAUUAAACAGGCAAUUACAGAGGCCAGAGACGAUCACUGGAAAUAUCUGCGCACGGUUUUGGCUCCUUCUUAUACCUCCCAUCAAAUGAGAGGGAUGAACACAAUGAUACACACAUGUGCUGAUAAUUUGGUGGAAAAUAUCGAAACAUUUGCGGAGAGUAAAGAAAUAUGUGAUAUUAAAACGUUGUUCUCUGCUUACACUAUAGAUGUCAUAGCGGCCACUGGAUUCGGAAUAAUGGUGGACUCACAGAAAAAUCCUAAUGAUGCAAUGGUUAAGAAUCUAAAACAGAUACUGAAAAUCAGUUUCUUUACUCCAGUGAUAUUUUUAUCACAUCGACUCUUGGCUCUGCGUUGUGUCCCUCAGUUGCUAAAAGCACACAACAACCUUUUAGAUCUUAUGAUAAAGGCUCAGCUGAAGGGGCACGAGAAACUGGAACCAGAGGAAGAAAAAGAACUCCAUUUGGAAAAUAUAACUGACUGGAGAACUAAAAGAGGAAUCACUGAUGACGAAAUCUUGGCUCAGUGUGACUUAAUUUUACUUGCUGCUUACGAAACUACAGCUUCUACACUCACUUUCUUCGUGUAUUUAAUGUCAAUUCACCCAGAAUCACAGCAAAAAGUAUACGAAGAGAUUGAAGAUGUUCUGGGAGAGGAUUUGCCUAAUUACGACAAUGUUCAGAAGUUACAUUACCUUGACAUGUGUUUGAAUGAGACAUUAAGGCUGUACCCGGUUGCAACCGCACUGGAUCGUCAGUGUAAAAACACAUGCACAAUAAACGGUGUAAAGAUUCCCGAAGGUAUAACUGUCAAGAUCGGCGUGUAUGCUCUGCAUUAUAAUCCGAAAUACUGGCCUGAACCAGAAAAAUUUAUUCCAGAAAGAUUCAGCGAAAAAGGAAAAUCUGAGCAAACGCCAUUCACCUACUUACCAUUUGGUGGUGGACCAAGGAUUUGUCUUGGAAUGAGACUGGCCAAGCUGGAGUUCAAGAUAGCAGUUGUACAAGUUAUUCGUAAAUUCAAAAUUCUUCCUACAGAGAAAACUGAAGACCCUCUUGUGUUAAGUGACAACCUGUUUCUGACUGCUAAAAACGGAGUCUGGGGGAAGUUUGAACGAAGAUAAACUAUUUUAACUGCUCGAGCGUCACGAAAUCGAUUUGCAAAUUUAUGUACCAAUUAAUUACAGACAGAAAAUUUAAUGUAAUCAAAGAAAAAUCUGUUACCUUUUAUUCUGCACAAUCAUUGGAUUGCAGCUAUGCUGAGGCACUGCCUUGACCGGUUUAGUCGAACAAAUUGACCCUGGUACUAUAUUGUUUUAAAGUCUGGUGCUUACUUUAUCCGUUUCUUUUGACGAACUGCUAAGUUGCCGCUAUGUAACCUAAUCAAUACCGGUUGUCAAGUGAUAAUGAAGAGACAAAGACAUAUACGUAAACACAUACAUACGUACAUACAUACAUACAUACAUACAUACAUACAUACAUAAACACACACAUACACCACACACAAACACGCACGCACACAUAACGGGAGUUCACGUAGUUCCCACCUACCGUUAUUCUCUCAUAGGGCAUUGGUCGGCCUGGGACUAUAUUACAAGACACCCAAAAUGCCAUGCAAUGGAACAGACUCUGAAACCACUUGGACGCAAAGCAAAGCUUAUUGUGCCACACAGCCAUUCCUGCACACCAUUUAUGCAAUCAUAUUUGAAAUAAACCACUUCAUUAUUUCCUCCAACUACAA